UCGUCGCAUUGGUUCGACCCAGUCGAACCCCGAAAGUUUGACCUAAAAAUCCGGUUCGACAAAAGUUCGCGACACCCCUAGAAUUUACCAUUUAUACCUUGCGUAAAUUAUUCAAGCACAUUAAUGGGCUCUUAUGACCUGAGUUAGGAAAUAUACGACCCUUUGCCCCCUUUGCCCCGAUCUAGCAGUUGCGCCCACCCUCACUAGAGCCCCCCUAGGUUGAGGCCUUUGGGGGACUUUGACCCCUGAUGUACAUAUCAGAAUCUCUCUAAGAUUUCUUUUUUCUUUCUAAAUUUAGUCAUUUACGCAUUGAAGUAUUUAGAUCCCGGUUUUUAAUGUGGAGUUUUAACAGCGGGGUGCAGUAAAUCCCUUCAUUAGUUGAACCAGCGCUGUUUGAACAGCUACCGAACCGAACUGGAGUGAACCAGCGGACCAACCAGCCGCCGAGCGCGUCGGUUUUUUUUGUUUAUUUUUUUCUUUUUUUAUUGUCAGCGCAGCGGAAAAUGGGCGAAGAGACCUCGUCCGUGGAUUCAGCCAGCAAUGCGAAUUCAAGGAACGAGAAUAUGGUGUGCGGCGUUGUUGAAGGGUUUUAUGGACGACCAUGGACGACGGAGCAACGAAAAGAUUUAUUUCAGAGAAUGAAGAAAUUGGGCCUGAACACUUACAUGUAUGCCCCAAAAGAUGACUUCAAGCACAGAGCUUACUGGAGGGAGCUUUACACUGUAGAGGAAGCUGAGCACCUAACGAACCUCAUUCAAGCUGCAAAGGAAAAUGGAGUACAUUUUUACUAUGCUCUCUCUCCUGGCCUAGACAUCACUUAUUCUAAUUCUAAGGAAGUCUCCUGUCUGAAGCGAAAGUUGGAACAGGUUGCUCAGUUUGGCUGUAGUGCAUUUGCGCUGCUUUUUGACGACAUUGAACCUGAGAUCAGCGAGACAGAUAAAGAAGUCUUUCAGUCGUUUGCGCAUGCGCAAGUUUCAGUAACAAAUGAUGUCUACCAGGAGUUGAAUCAGCCAAAAUUUAUAUUCUGCCCUACAGAAUACUGUGCUGCUAGGGCAGUUCCAAAUGUCCAGAGUUCUGAGUAUUUGAAUACUAUUGGGCUCAAGCUAAUGCCUGGCAUAGACAUUAUGUGGACAGGGCACAAAGUGAUCUCCAAGACGAUAACAGUCCAGUCGAUUCAAGAGCUGACGGAGGUGCUCCGGCGUGCCCCCGUGCUCUGGGACAACCUGCACGCAAACGACUACGACCAGAAGCGGCUGUUCCUGGGGCCGUACAGCGGCCGGUCGACAGACCUGGUUCCUCACCUGCGGGGCGUGCUCUCCAACCCCAACUGCGAGUAUGAAGCCAACUUUGUGCCCAUCCACACGCUGGCCCAGUGGAGCAAGUGCAACAGCGACGGCAAGCGAGACCUCAACGAGUCGGUGAGCGCCGACAUCCGGCUAGAGACGGAGGGGGAGACAGAGGAAGUGCCGUCCCACAUGGGCCCCCACGCCUACCACCCACGUAAGGCGCUCCAGGCAGCGAUGGCGGACUGGAUUCCCGAGUUCUACCGCACCAAGAGCGCCUACGGCCGCCUCCUGUCUGGCGCUUUUCUCCCGGGUGCACCCACGGGCAGCCAGCAGGCGGCUCUGCUGGACGACGCCAGCUUCCAGCCCCUCUCAAGUGAGCUGGUCAACUCGCUGGUGCAGCCCACACUCGAACCCAUGGACUGCAACACGUCGCCCGGCGCCUCCCCGCGCCACGUCGCCAGCAAAAGUGCCGAGGAGAUGCAGACGGAGGAAGCGGUGCCUGCCGAGGACUCGCGGCAGCUCACCCUCGAAGAUGUGGCGCUUCUCGUGGACCUGUUCUACCUGCCCUUUGAGCACGGCCACCAGGGGGUGGCCUUCCUCCAAGAGUUUCACUGGCUUCGCUCCAACGGCCACCUGGUGUGGGAGGGCCGCAAGCGGGGUCCGCCGUCGGAGGAAGAGGACGCCCCCGCCAUGGCGGAGCUGGAGGAGUGGCGCAAGCGUGCCACCAAGUUCGACCUGAUGACGCAGGCGGUGGGGCGGCUCUUUGCCCGCCUCACGUUUGUGCCUAACCGGUCCCUCUUCUAUGACCUGUACCCUUACAUCUGGGACAUCAAGGGAGUCAUCUCGCUGCUCAACUCCUACGUUAAGUGGAUUGCUCUGGGAGACGUGCCCUGUUCGUCGACGUCGGCCUUUGCCCCUCCAUCAUUCACAUGGUUCUCGAAGGGCUACAAGGAAGCUUUUGUGAGUGGGGAGCAAGAGCCAUGGCUUUUCCGUGGUGGGCUUACAGCCGAACUUCAGCGUCUUCUCCCGCUAGAGAGCGUCAGCGACCUCUUUUUGUACAAGCCUCCGGAGUCUCCAAGCAGCAAGACGUACACCAUACGGCCUUACCUCCCAACGGACGAGCCUCUGAUCUAUGAAGUGUGUCGCAAGACGUGCGACGAUGGAAUGGAUGGGACGGAGGUCUUUCCCGAAUUCCCCAACCUCAUUGGUGACAAACUGGUUGGAGGGUUCCUGACCCUGAGCAACGAGUACUGCUUUGUGGUGGAGGACGAGACCGGGAUCUGUGGCUAUGCACUGGCAGCGCUGGACGCCCAGCAGUUCAACAAGAAGCUGGAGAUUGCCUGGAAGCCUGAACUGUGCCUCAAAUACCCGGCACCAGCCAAGGAGCCAUCAGAGAUGUUGACGCCAGCAGAGGAGAUCAUGAGCAGCUUCCACGCGCACCCUGUCACCGUGCCAGAUGUGGUCUACAAGCACCACCCAUCGAGGGUAACCAUGAGCAUGCUGCCCUCGAUCCUGGACCCAAGUGUCUCCAAGCGCCUGCUGGCGUGCGUCCUAGCUGCGCUCAAGGCAAACGGCUCGCAUGGAGUGUUUUCUGAAGUGACGGUAGGAGACAAGAACAUCGUUGACUUCUACACGAAACUGGGCUUCCUGGAAAUUGCAUUGCCAGACUUCCUGAAUGAUGAGGUCUUCUUUCUGGGCCGAACCUUUUAGCAUUACGCCUAUGGUGUGAGGGUGUGGCACUUUGCCUCCACGACAGCCUUUCAGUGAUAAGGUUGGUUUUGGCAUUGCUGCAGUUUCUACGAAAAAGAAAAAAAUAUUUGCUUCUGGUUCAGGAGCUUUUUGUAUAUGCGCUGCACUGUGUAUAAAUAAACUGAAAAUUCUGUACUGCAA